AUGGCAACGUACGGUGAUACAUUAAAUCAAACAUUUCCUGGUGUAUCAUCCAAUGAAGAUGGCGAAUUACAUCGUACAUUUCAUACUCCAUCAAAUAAUACAAAAUCAGCUGGUUUCACUUUUGAACAACAGUUUUUGUUUGAUAAUGCAUGUCAUUCAAUAACAUAUCAACCACCAACGGUAUCAUGUCAACAAAUGACCACAGAACAUCUUGAUCGUUUAUGUUACUCUCCCAAGCCAUCAUUUUCCCCUCGUUUUACUUCUCAACCACAACAACAAUUCUCAUCAUUACCUAAUAAUCGUCUUAAUCCAUUUCGUGCAUUUCUUAUUGUUAAUCGUUUAACAUCAUCAAUAGUUAGUGUUAAUCGUCAAGCUUGUGAAUAUUUUUGGUAUACAGAAAAUGAACUUAAAAAUAAAACAAUCGAAAAUUUAAUAGUUGAUGAGAAAUCUUUAUCUGUUGUUACAGAUUCAUUUUUAAGUCAACAAAGUGGACUAACAAAAAUUCUUGCGGGAAAAAUUGUUUAUGUUCUUCUUGGUACAGGUGAACGUGCUCGUUUUUCUUUAUUCAUACAAGAUCUUGAUAAUGAUCAAGUUCCAUUACGUUUUUAUGGUUUUGAACCUAUACAUAUUAUGCAAGCAGAUAUAACUUGUGAUAAACAAGGUUUAAUUCUUUCAUCGGAUCAUUAUUUUUCAAUAUUAUUUCAUAAUACAAUGAUUGAUAAUAAUCAUUUAAAUGAAAAUCAACAUAUUGGAGAUUUUAUUCCAUCAUUAAAAGAUAAAUUAAAAUUUAAACAAUUAUUAACACAUCGAACAUAUCGAACAACUGGUUUAUUAAAUAGUGAAAAAAAUCUAUUUAUACCAUUAAUGUUAAAUAUAUUAAAAAGUAAUGAGGAUAAUAUUCAAUUAAAUAUAUCAAUUAUGUCAAAUAUUAGUGGAUUAAUUAUGUUAGAUGAAACAUAUUCUAUUCGCGCAUAUAAUCCUUAUUUUAUACAAUGUUUACUUGGUUAUCGUUCACUUGAUUUAAUUAAUCAUAAUAUUACUGAAAUAAUACCAGACUUCAAUGAAUUAAAUGGUACUCAAUCAAAUAAUCUUUCUAUUAGUACAAAUAAUGAUCAUGAUGAAGAAAAUCUAUCAUGUCAAUCAUUAAUCGGUGAUGAUGAACCAAGUACAAGUGAUGGUUCAUCAAAUACACUAAAUGAUUCAUCAAUUGAUAAUACACCAAAAUCAGCUCGAAUUUUUAAUUCAAUAGAAAAUAAGAUUAUCAAUGAAAAAUUACAAUCAAAUAUUUUACCUAUUGAUAAAAGAUUACCUACAAAUGGUAUAUCGUCAUUUAAAACUACAUCAACACCAGUAACAAAAUCAGCAAUUAAAUCUGAGAUUAAAAUUGAUUCGGAUGAUCAAGCAGUUUUUCUUCAAACAAUAGGUAAACAUAAAAAUGGAACAUGUAUUGGUGUUACAUAUACAUUACGUCGUCUUGAUUUACCUGAUGGUACAUAUAGAUAUUGUAUGUGGUUAUCACGUGAUAAUACUGAUCCACAUUUAAUUGAAAUGCAAAAACUACUUGAUCAUAAUCAAUCAAUAAUACCAAUUGAUGAUUUAUCAACAUCAUUUUUAAAUGUAUCAUCAUCAUUAAACGAUAAUCAAACAUUUGAUUCAAAAUAUAUUAUUACACGACAACGUGGUCGUGGAGGUUAUGGUCAAGUUUAUCUUGGUCAUGAAAAAUCGAAUGAAUCAAAUAAAGUUGUUAUUAAAUUUAUUAAAAAAACUAAAAUUAAACUUCAUCGAUAUGUUGAAAGUUUUGAACCAAAAAAACGAAUUCUAUUUGAAGUUGCAGUACUUAAACAAUUAAAACAUCGAAAUAUUGUCGAAAUAUUGGAUGCAUUCGAUACAGAUAAUUAUGUUCAAAUGAUAAUGCCAUUACAUGGUCAAGGUAUUGAUUUGUAUGAAUUUAUUGAAAAAGGUGCAAAAAUUGAUGAAUCAUUAGCAAGUUAUAUUUUUCGACAGGUGGUCGAUGCUGUUAGUUAUUUACAUCGUAAUCAUAUUGCUCAUCAAGAUAUAAAAGAUGAAAAUCUAAUUAUUGAUGAACAAUUUCAUAUCAAACUUAUUGAUUUCGGUUCAGCUAUAUCUAUUACACAAGCAGAUAUGUAUACAAGUAAUUUUGGUGGUACAACUGAAUUUUGUUGUCCAGAAUUUUUUCAAACUGGAAGUUGUCAACCAUAUGUAGCUGAUAUAUGGGCAAUGAUGGUAACAUUAUAUGUAAUUAUUUUUCGUCGAUAUCCAUUUUUAAAUCCUGAUGAAAUCAAACGUUGUCAAUUAGAUAUAAAAUUUCUUCAAUCACGUAUUUCAGACGAACUUUAUGAUUUAAUUACAUCAACACUUAUACGUCAGCCAUAUCAUCGUUUAACAAUGUAUGAAAUUGAAAAACAUGAAUGGAUUCUACAGCCAUUUAAUAGUGAAUUUUAUUCAUGGAAUACUGUUACACAAAAUUCUUUAGAAGAAACAUUUUUAACUGGUAAUCAUUUACCAAGUGGUGAUGAUGAUAAUAGUAAUGAUCAUUCAUUUGCUAGUUUAACACGGCAAAUACAAAAUCAAUUUCAUUUAUUUGAAAAAACUAAAAAAGAUAAUCAAUCAGAUAAGAAUAAUCUUUUUGCUUAUUUAAAUUGUAAACAUGCUUCAAUUUAA